AUGGAAUUUUUUAUUAGAAUUUUAACAAUAACACCAAUUAAUGAAAAUAGAUUUAAUUUAUUGAAUGAUUAUUGGCAAAUGUUAUUAGAAAAUCAUCAGUUUUUAAAUAAUCAUUUUAUUGAAACAGGAGUAUAUAAUAAUUUAAUAAUCAAUAAAGAUACGUUUGAAAGUGAAGGCAGAUUAGAACAAAUUCAAUUUUAUACUCUAGUACAUCCAAUAAUUUGCAAAAACUGUAUCAGAAACAUUAGCUCAUAA